AUGACCGCCGAAACUUACGGGCACCGACUCAUCUACGAGAAAGACAUGUUCGCGUCUGACGUGAUGUUGGAGUACUCCACUGAGGAGUGCUAUUUAUCCUGGCCGAGGUCGCCUGACUCGGGCAGGUCCAGCCUGGAGCCUACACCAUCCAUCGAUGGCAGCAUCAAUCAGGAUUCAUCACACAUCGCGUACAGAGGAUUGUCGCGAGAGGUUUUGGAAGACAGUGCUGAAGAUAAUGAAGUUUUGGAGUCAGGGAAGAGGCGUGGACGAGCUACCAGUGCUGCAGUGUUGAGGAGGAGGCGCCUAGCAGCUAAUGCUAGAGAAAGGAGGCGAAUGCAGAACCUGAAUAAGGCGUUUGAUAGACUUCGAGGACAUCUCCCAUCCCUGGGCGCUGACCGCCAGCUCUCCAAGUACGAGACUCUUCAAAUGGCACAAACCUACAUCUCCGCGCUAUACGAACUGCUUCAGUAA